AUGAACAAACCAGGCAGUAUGAAUGCAACCUGGCAAAGGUGAGUCAUACAUAUCAUACUGCCAUCUCCUUCCGUACCAUCUACCCCUGCGCCGGUCGAAAGCCCAACCCCCUCCGUGUUCCCCCCACACAAGAAGUGCCUGAUGCGUCGAUGCGAGCUCACGAUCGGACCAUCUCCCGCUGACGCUCGCUCGGUCUCGCCCGAUUGCCCGCUCCCACUCCAGCCUGACGACCUUGUUCAAGGGCGCGGACGAGACACGAUCAUGGACGAGCUUGGUCGUCACCGUCGUCGCGGUGCUGCUGACGUUGAGGGUGCUGCUGCACGUUCUGCUCGCGCUGUUCGUGCCUCGACUUCGGAUUCGCACCGUGUCCGCGCUCGGCCUCGGCAGCUUUGAAUGGCACGACGCGUCCGGCGUCGUCAUCACCGUCGAACGCUUCGCAUGGUCCAUCGUCGGCACCAACACCUCCAAAAAAGGCUGGUUCAUCCUCAGGCUCGUUGGCGUCGAGGUGCGCAUCCCAAAGCGCAUCGUCAUCGAGCCGCCUCCGCCACGUCCACCGCGAAACACGUCUGGCUCCCCUCGCCGCGAGGCUCGAUUCGAACACCCGCGAGAUGGACCUUCCAGCAGACAACACCCUCUCAACCUCAACGGCUCACCAGCAGGGAAGGACUCGGUGUUCGACCCCUCUUACUCCCCACCGCGAACCCCUCGCAUGGACGACGACCACGGCGACGAUGUGCAGCAGCGCCCUGCUCGUCGUGCCCGACAGCCGAGUCUGUCACAACUCGCUCUUCGGCUCGUCCGGCACAUGCUCGCAUUGGUGCUCGCCGCGACCCACCUCAUCGUUCGACGACUGACCUCGCUCCUGGCCCUGUUCGCGAUCGAGAUUGAUCUCGCCGUCGAGCUCGAGGACGUCGCCCGUGUCAAGUGCCUCGUCGAUGUCGGCGGUGAGAUCGCUCGCCCCUUCGUCGUACGUCGCACCGUUGACAAACACCGACGCUCGAGCAGGCAUGAUAUCGAUCGCGAGCCCCACAUUGGGGUCUGGAUCGCCAUCUCGGGGCUCAAGAUUCACGAGGUUCUGCCAUUCAAAUCGACCAUUCCGCAGACGCCGACCCCGCUGCCCGCCGUCGAAAUACAGUCCCUGCUCCUGCUGUCGGCCUCGACCCCUCUCGGACCGACGGGUGGGCUCAUCUCCCUCAUCAAGUGUCGUGGAAAGCAGUGGAACGCAGGACGGGCGACUGUACGCGUGUCGCUGACGAUCGAGAGACCCCGUCGCGCGCGAAAGGAUCUCGACACGGGCGUGCACAUCCGAGUGUACGAAGGGAAAGCACUGCUCGCCAAGGUCGAAGACCUGCUGCACGAACGCAAGCAGUUUCUCCAUCGACACCCUCGACCGGAUCGUGCCGUCGUUGGUGCAGCAGAAGAGCUGCCCAAGGCCCAAAACAGUGCCAAACCGAAACCCACGCCUCUCUUCUUCCUGCGCUCCUUCGACGCUGACAUCCCGCUCGUCGUCGUUUCGGCUCACUACCACACCCCUCACCAUACACUCGCGGUGUCCCCCAAACGGCAACUCCCGCAGGCCGUCGCGUUCGCACUGACGAUCCGCAACAUCUCGGCUCGACUACGUAUGAGCGGCUCGACGGACAUGGUCAAACGCGAGCACGCCGAGUGGCUCGGCAAAGAUCGAAUUCUGGGUUUGGGAGGAACGAUUGGCUGGGGCGAGAUUGAAGGCAGGGUCAAGGUCGACGGAUCGGCAGGUGAGUGCAACGAUGAGUUGGUUUCCAGCAGGCAAAGGUCUGAUCCCAUGAUGUCGUGUGCAGAGGACAUCCUUCCCAAUUCGGCCAAAGCGUUCUCGAUCGGUCGCUCCUCGGUAACGACGACGACAACGUGGCUACCUCCCAAACUUUUCGAGUCCUUUGCGGCCUAUACGCCCGAACUCGUGACGUACACAUCCCCUCGGUACUUCAACGACGAGACCGUCGUUAUCGAAGGCUACAUCGGCGAGGUGCGAGGGCACGCCAAGUACGAGACGAUCGACAGCGCGCUGCGCAUUUUUAUGGCGCGCCCGCGGUCCCAGUACGGCAAGUAUAUCCGCACAGACUUGUCGUCCACGAGCGAGGCCAAGGUCGUCCGGGGAGCGCCGCGCGUUGUCGGGCACAUCGCGAUGGCCGGGAUCGAGCUGCGCGUGCAGGCGCCGACGAGCAGUUCCGAGGACAACAUCGCUGACGAUCGCGACCACUUUUUCCGCGAGUGGGCUUGUCCGGAUCUGUUUUGUCUCUCCAUUCCCAACGGGACCUUCAGCUUCGGGGGCGAGUACGAGGACCGCAGCCUACGGCGCACCGAGGCCGAUCGCCGCUUGGCCAGACGAAAUGAGAAAUACCGGAGCAAACGACCGGGCGAGCCGCCCGACCGUGAGGCGAGCUACAAGUCCGUUGAGUUGCGCGACAAGGGCAUGCUCACCGAGAGCAAGAUCCCCAUCAAACAGCACUACGCCGAUGCGCCUGAAUCGACACUGUCGGACGUGCGCGAUCUGCGCUCGCUCCCUAUGAAGUACACGGCGCGGGCCCACCUCGCGGCCGAGACGCUCAACAUCUACAUCAUUGCGACAGACCCCAUCCGAGGCGAGGGAGGUACGGGAAGCAGCGAGUGCUUCCUCGACCAGCAAUCGACGCUGCCUUCCAACACGCGGCGUCUCGACAUUCUCGCCGCGGGUCCGGUCGAGAUCACGCUGACGCAGCAGAUCAAGUGCUCGGUCAAGGACGACGCCCAGCUCGGAGCGAUCGCCGAAUUCAACCUCAACACGCUCGUCGGCGAACACAACAUCUUGGUCGAACAUGUUGGGAUUGACUUGUGGCGACCGAUCGUGAUGAGCUGCCUGCGCGAUUUCGUGUCGUCGUGGGCGAGCGCUUCGGCGACCAAGACGACGCGAGCCAAGGCGACGGACGAAUCGGGACCGCCCGAGCCCAAGCUGCUCGUGCGAUCAUUGCCCCACAACCAGUGCUUUUACGCCGCCAUCGGGACCUUUGACGUGCGCCUCGCCGGGUCCGACCCCAAGAACGACGAGCAAGCCUGUCGCGGUAUCGCCGUCCACUGCGGCCCCGUCGUGUUCGAGUACCUGCUCCAGCCCAAGCUGCGCCAGGAAGGCGCCCUCAACUACGGCAAUCGCGCCUCACUCGAGCUGGCCGAAGACAUUCGCCAGGAGGCGAACGCGUUGGCGAUGUCGCACCGCGAGCAAGCGCUCGUCAAGGUCGCGGUCCACGAUUGGAGCAUCGACCCCGUCGUCGACGCCCGCGAGACGCUGGGGCAUACGCGAAAGUACUCGAUGUGGCCCGGGAUGGAGCAGGACGGCCACGAGGACGCUUCGUGGGAGUUGCGCAACCGCGCCCACAUUACGGAUCUGACGAAACGGCGCAAGACGAUCAUGGUCCAUCGACCGGACAAGACCGUCAAGCGCAUCGCCCACGUUCCCAGACUGGCCCUGCGUGCUCGAAUCGUCGAAGUCAAGGAGCGGACCCCCAAUGGGCCCCUGGACGAGGUCAUCGUGUCGGUCAAGGGUCGCACGGGGACCUUCCGGCUCGAGCUGUUCAGCAUCUACCUGUGCCUCGUCGCCUUUUCUGCGCUACGUUCGCUUUCACCGGAGCACAACCCCGAACUGAGCCCCCGGCCUCCCGCGGUCGAUCCUGACGUGGACGUGGACGUGGGCUCGGACGAAGUCGAGCGCGCCGAGGGCGAAUCAUCCAAGCCUCACUCGGCGAAACGACCCAAGCCUCUGAUUAGCCUGCGGGGUGACGUCGAUGAUCUGAAUCUGUUCAUCACCCUACCCCACAACGUGCCAUUGUACCUCAAGCUCAAGCGCCCCUGCGUGCAGUACACGAAGCAGAUUGGCCUUCUCGUUGAAUGGGACACAGGCUUGCUAGCGGGUGACAGUCCGACCGUCCUGGGCAAGUGGGACGAUCUUUUGCGCCUGCGUGUCACCUCGCUCGCCGUCCGACCUGAACCGGGGAACGAUGGGCACCGACCGUUCGUGAUUUCUUUGUCGUCCGAAACAGCCCGCAUGAGGAUACCGUUCCGCUACAUCUGUGAGUAGGAAAAAAAGCCUACUGCUCGCUUCGCACAAACUGAUGCUCAUGUCUACAACCUGCUGUGGGUGUAUUCAGAUUCGCGCAUCAUCGACAACGUCGCCAACCUGAUCAAAGCGACGAAGCAGUUGGUGCACCAGCACGUCGAGGGUGGGAUGAACUCUGUCCUCGAGCCGGAAGCCGAAGCGGCGAAAAAGCUACCGCGGAUCGAGCUCAACAUCAAGAUGUUUGCGAUCGAGAUCCAGGAUGACCCGUUCGAAACACGGUUGAACAUCAUCUGGCGUGCCGGGUACGAGGAGCAGAGCGCACGCAUCGAGCGCCAACUCGCGUUUCAGGCCAAGCUUGAGGCCAUCCGUAAGGCGCACGAGGAGAGCGGGGUGCCCCUCGAGGACGACAUCGACAUCGACGGUUGUGCACAAGAGACGCCCAUGGCGCGGCACGACGCGAAUGGGCCGCGCGGGCCCAACGGGCACCACACCGUCAGCCCCAAGCAGGCCCUACACGACUUGCUGGCGUACAACUCGUCGCACUGGGUCAAGCGUAUGCGCAAUGCUGUGGCGGAGCAGGCGCGUCGUGAAGAAGCCCUCACCAGGCGACUGUACGGCGGCAAGCACAACAGCAAGCGACCCGACUCGGUGCUCCCCGUCCCCUUGCUGCCGACGAGUAAAUCCGUGCCGCUGGCUCGCGCGACGCUGCACAACCUGCAGUUCACGAUCUCGCGCACCAGCUUUGCCGACGAAAAGCUUCCCGACUUCUUGCACGACGUCGGCAAGGGUUUGCCGCGCGAUACCCAAUUCACGCUCCUGGUUCCGAUGCACGUCAACGUGCAGAUGAGCGAAGCGACGAUUCGUCUCCGCGACUACCCGCUUCCGCUGCUCCACAUUCCCAUCGCUCCCGUUGCCCCCGAUGUAGCCAAGACGCAGACACCCAAGGCGAGUUGGAUUAUGGACAUGGAUCUCGUCAUUGGCGAAGAGAUCGGGAGCGAAGAGUCCAUCCGUCGCGUCCCCGUCGUGAUCGUACCCGCGCAUGCGGCCAAGUCGAGCACGAACCUGUAUUCUAUCGUCGUUCCACGUACAGCGAUGACGACCAAGACGUACGCGGUGCCCACGAUUCGAGUGCGGUCGCCGUACGCGACACGGAUUGGUUGGGGGAAUUCGAUCUCGCCGGCAAUCCAAGACGUCGCCAAGGUGCUCGACACGAUCACGAAGCAGUCCCCCGAUCCUUCAGACCGGAUUGGCUUCUGGGACAAGAUCCGGCUCCAGUUCCAUUGGCGCGUAUCGGUGUUAUUCGAAGGCGAAGGUCCCGUGCAUUUCCAUCUCAAGGGUAGUCGGGACCCGUACUCGAUCACGGGCUUUGGCGCCGGCUUCGUCAAGUCGUGGCACGGCAGCGUCAAGUUUCUCGUUGGGCACCAAAAUCCCGAUCGCGAGUUCUUCCAGAUCCUGUCAGACCGCUACAUUCUCGGUGUGCCCAAUCUACGCGACUAUGUUGACAACGCUGCGACGGGUUUGGCACAGACGAACCGGGACAAUGCCGAGUACACGGACAACAACACAACCUUGAACGGCCUCGAAACGGGUCAGUACAAGUUUGGCGCCGACACCGAGUUCGUCAAGGUAUGCGCGCGACUUGUGCACGGCGUGCGCUGGGGUAUGGGAUGCGUCGUCGAGCGGGCGUGCACGGACAAGACUUGCGACAAGGUCGAAUGCAAAGGUCGGACCCCAUUUCACCGCGCCUGUCGUAUCUGGGACUUUAUCUCCCACUGGGAAGUGCACACCAAGACCGAUCAGGCCAUCAAGCCGAAUGGGGAGGUGAGCCGGCGCAGCCUUCUUCGAUAGUAGACUGAGACAGCUGACUUCGUUUACUUUGACGGAACUGCUUGAGGUCGAGGACUCGUUCGCUGGUUUCCGUUCCGACUUUAUCCACUUUUCAAUCUCGCUCACCUCGCCGUCGACGCUGGAUCUGCCUUCGUGCGGGGCGUCUCCGAACCCCGAUGACGCGAGCAGCGAUCACGAAGCCGAGUCGUUCGUCGAGGACGGCGACAAGAGCAACAGCUUGCACUUCACGCCGCAUGCGAUGGCGCAUUUUGCACGGUGGUGGAAGCUCUUUGACGGCACCAUGUCCCUGCCGAUCCGUCAGGGGAAGCUGUUCCCUUCGUCGCAAGCGCCCUCGAAGAAAUUUGGCAAGCACUGCGCGACGAUCAAGUAUCGCUUCAGUCUCGCCCCCUUGUUUAUCUCGCACACCUACCGCCAAGAUGCGCCGGAGGAAUGGGCCAAGGGGGAGACGACGGCCCUCGGCAUCAAGGCCAAGAUUGGCCGCUUCAACGUCGAUUUGCACCAGCGCGAACAGGAAUCGCUCGUCACACAUUCGGACACGAUGGUGACCAAACAGGUGAUUCACAAGGCCUUCUACCUCGCCGAAGUCGACCUCGACGACGUGGACCUUCGCGCCAUCUCGGCGACGUUCAGCGAGCCCGAAAAGGCGCAGCUGGCCCCUCUGGAGGAGAUGAACGAAGGAGAGCAGGAGCUGCCGCCGCUGCCUUUGCCAAACAUCUCUGACGAGGAUUUGGCGUGGGUCGAUCGGGAUGACUACGUCGACAUCUCCUACAGCUUCGAGGACGAGGCGCCCCGCGUUCGCAUGUUCCCCUUCAUCACCUGUCCUCGGCUCACAUACGAUCGCCAGGUUGACGUCGCGCGAUGGACGCCGGAAGAAGCGGAGGAGGAGCAGCGACGUCAUGACCAGGAGGGACACAAGAGUGGUGCCGGGGAUCAUGCGCGAUCCCAAACGCUCGAAUCGACUCACGACGAGCGCAGCGAACAGGCCUACCCGAAGAGCAAGUUUGGGCGUGAGCCGUCGCACACUUGUCUCGUCGGGCAAGCCAAAUGUACGUACAUCAUUGCCGGUACUUCGAAGUUACCAUGACUUGUCCGCUCAUAUCCUUUCCCCCGAUCUUAUCAAACAGCUGCGAUCGAUAUCCAGAUAGAUGCCGCUAACGCUCGCCUCGAAGAGCUUCAGAGCCAGCAAAAGGUUGGUCUGGCUGGUCGUGGAGGUAGGUUGGGGCUUGUGACAGAAUACUGACAGUGGCAUCCCUCCCGCAGACCCCUGCGGUCGCGCACACUCGGCGCGAGCUCGAGUCUCGCAUCGCCGCCAUCACGGCCAUCAUCGCGCGGCUCAAGAAAGUGCGGGAAGCUGAACUCUCGGCGAAGCGUUCCCCCACGGUUUUCAACGACGACUCGUCCUCGACGCAUCCGCACGAGCCGGCCGAAGACGAAGGCGAAGAGCUGUCGCACAUUACGAGCCACUUUUAUUCCCAGUGGGGCGAUUGGGAGAACCGAUACAUGUUCCACAACCCUUCGAUGCACUUGACGAACGCUUCGCGCCAGAUCUUGCUCAAGUACUACCAUUCUUCGCAAGAUCGCAAGGCGUUCGUAUACCACCUUUCAGCCACGGCGAUCAAGUUCAUCCGCGACCUCGCUGCUCCCGCCGAGGACCCCAAGUCCAAAAAGUCGACCGUGCGCCAGAAGGGUGCGAAGGACACGAACGAUUCGACCGUGCGAGGCGCUUCCUCGUCGGACGUGUCGGCCUCGGCGCGGCGAUUACUCGACGACUUGCUCAAGAGCCACGUCGAAGAGGGCAAGACGCCCGGCUCCAGCCGGCCCAACUCGUGGGCCGAGGGCGAGGAUCAAGGCAGUCGAGCUAGGCAGCAUCAAGACGACGACCACGGCGACAUGGAGCUCGAUCCCGACGCCGCGGCCCUACUGCUUCCGGAACGGUACACGAGCAAACGCGCCCACUUCUGCAUGUUCAUCAAGCCGCAGAUUGCGCUGACGAGCGACGUCGACGACAAGUCGACUGUGAUCCUGACCGCGUUCCGCGCCCAGUUCAAGUCGUUCGCGGUCAACGACAGCGAGUACCCCGAUGACCCCAUCAACGCGGACGUCUUGCACUCGACGUUCGCGACACUCGAAGGGCUGCAGGCCUUUUGCCCGCAGGUCUCCACGAGAACCAAGGGUUUGACCAAGCUGACCGUGCCGCUCGAGACGCUGAUUGACCUGCGCGUGGAGCCCUGGGGCUUCGAUCGUAUCGUGCCCCGUACCUGGGCAUCGAUGCGCUACGACAAGUUCAACAAGUUGCGCCUGGGCUCGAGCAAGGCUGUGCACGAGCAGGAGACCCCGCAUCUCUGGGCCCCGUCGAUGAGUCAUUUCCGCACGGGUACUGGCAAGUCGAUAUACACAUGUUCUAGUUUAGUCUCGUGAGAAGCUGAACCCCUCUCUUUUGAACCACGGAUGAACCAGAUCGCAUUGCCCUGAAGAACGACAAGCUUUCCGUGUCGGCGAAUCCGACUCACUUCACGGCCGUGUACAACGUCGUCACUGACCUACUCUUGUACAGCGAUCCUGCUCACAAGCGGCGCAAUAGCAAGCUUGAGGCGCUGGUGUUCACCCAUGAUUUCACCCACCUCGAAGGCGCCAUCGGCGUCGUCAGCGACCUGCAAUACAAGGUUCGAUCCCUCGCGGCGAUGGUCCUGCAGUACCGUAUCCAUCUCGACGAACUCGAUGGCGAAGGUCGCCUCGAGAUGUUCACCUACAUGACCGAAGCUAUCCGGCAGGCGUCCGAGUUGACUCUGCUCGUCGAGUCCAUCUCGCGCGCGCGAUCGCUGAGUGGGGCUCUCAAGCCUGCGACGACUCACGCGGGCCUCCUGUUCGAAGCCAAGGCACCCGAACUGACGUGGCACAUGCACGACAACGCCGACAUUCCCUUUGCCAAGUUCUCCGUCACGGGUGCCGAAUUUGCGUGGACGAGCAAGUCCGACAGCUCGGUAUCGAAUCGUCUCGUUAUCAAGGACCUCAAGGCGCUCAACAGCAGUCCCGAGCAUCUAUUUGCGGAGAUUAUCGCCAAGUACCACGGCGAUCGUGACAACAACAUGGCCAAAGUCAACGUGUUCGCGGCUGUGCUAUGGAACGCGUUGCCGCCCGUCGGAGGUAUCUCGAUCGUGGAGCAAUUCGAGCUGCACCUCCACCCGAUCCGACUGCAGCUCGAGCAUCAUGUCGGACGGCGCAUCAUGGACUAUGUAUUUUCGCAGCGGCGCAAGUCCGACGAGGACGGUGGCGACAACCGGGACCACUCCGAAGCCGAGAGCGACGCCGACUCGAUCUCCAGUGGAUCCCAGAAGCAGGCACAGCGAUCGCUCAAAUCCAAGCUAUCCAACAACUCGUUGAGACCUCCCUCAAUUGCGGUUCAUAGCAAUCAUUCCGUCGACUCGCUGCAGCUUCGUCGCCAGAAUGAGCUUGCCCUCAAUGGCUCGGUAUCGCAGCUGAUGUCUUCUUCCGCUUCGAGCAUCCACACGGGACAACGACAGCUUCGUCACGUCAGCUCGAUGGACGUGCUUUCGCUCGCGACGAGCGAACAGGUCCUCGACGCCGAGGAGAUGCGCGCACGUGCCCGCUUGAAUCGCACCUUCGUGCUAGUCGACAUCAGCCCCACGACGCUGUGUCUCACGUACAAAGUGAGUGUAUGCCCACUAAAAACUUGCUUCUGCUGUGCUUUGGGUUGCUGAUCACUGCGCUCCGUUCCCGUUGUUAGUCUGAAAAGUCUGACCACAGCCGAAUGUUUGACCUUUUCGACAUUGUCUACAAGACCCCGUCGAUGCAAUACCGCUCCAAGACGUGGUCGUUUCUCGAUCUGAUCACCGUAAUGAGAAAGGACACGAUGAAGUCGAUUUGGUCCCAGCGUUCUUCUUUGCUGGGCCAGUACCUGUCGCGCGCGCACCGCAAGCUGCCUCUGACCGAACAGCGCUCGGCUAUGAGCCAAGGACUCAAGUCCAAGAUCAAGAUGCCCUUCCGCCACAAAAUCACGGCACCUUCGAACCACGGCACGCCUGUGACGCGCGGCCCGACCAGUCCUCUGGGCCGUAUGCGCACCGCAUCGCCGAACCCGCAGUCCUACAACGGCGACUACGCAGCGGGAGACGCUGAAGCAGCGGCCGAGGCUGUUGCCGAGGCUCAGGAAGUCCGCGGUCGUGGGCAGCAACCCGAGGCGAUUGUCGCCGAAGUCGAACGAGCCGAAGCGACUGCCGCGUUGGUCCCUUUCCCGCAGGCUCAACAGCACCACAUACUUUCGGAUGAUCGCUUCAUGGUCGAGCCCGAACCGAUGGUCCCUACCCCUGGCUCCCCCGGGUCACCCUCGUCGCUCAGCGCUCGCAGUAGUCGAUCGAGCAAUCUGGAUCGAGUACGCCAGUUGACUCACCCCAUGUCAGAAGGUCGAAGCAGCUCGCACCAUUCCGACUCUUCCAGCUCAUCAUACCCGAGUAAGCUUUCAGGGCCUUGAACAUCUAGGUCACAUCAAGUUCAGCACUGACCCACGUAGAACUGCAUCUUCUGUCACAGCACACCGACCACUUCGAGCGUCCAUCUCGGGCAUCUCGGACCAGGAAAAGGCUCAUCUACUUCUGGGGUGAGCACGACUUUUCGCCCCUUCGUCUUGGAUAGCUGAAAUAGCCAUGCUGACCAUCCAAGAUCUCGCCACAGCUCGAGUUUCGACUAG